GUAAUAAAAAAAAAUGCUUACUCUAAUUUCUUUCAUUUUGAUUAAUCUGGGUUUGCCUUUGUGUAAAAAAGAUGGAUAGAAUAAGAAAAUAUUCAUGGGUUUUUCUUUGUGUUCUACUUAAUGGUUUUGUCAUGUGCAGUAUACCCCAUCAUACAAUUGCAGAGGAUACAAUCCCUGUAGGUGAAUCUCUAUCUGGAAAUCAAAAAAUUGUAUCAAGGGGUGGAAGAUUUGAAUUGGGCUUCUUCAAACCAGGUAAACACUCUCAGAAUCACUAUAUAGGUAUUUGGUAUAAAUUCUCAGUUCAAACUAUCGUUUGGGUGGCUAACAGAGAUGCACCAAUUCUUGAUCCAUUUGCUUCAAUGUUUAAAAUAUUAAAUGGGGACUUAGUUUUACUUAAUAAUUUAAGUCAAAUGCCAAUUUGGUCUACUUAUUUAGUUUCAAAUACUCUGAAUGCAAAUGAAGUAGUUCUUGGUGAUGAUGGAAAUCUGGUUUUAAGAGAUGGGUCGAAUCCGACGGUUGUCAUUUGGCAGAGUUUUGAUUAUCCAACUGAUACUUGGUUACCUGGUGGAAAACUUGGGUUCAGUAAAAAAACUAAUCAAAGUCAGAAACUUACAUCAUGGAGAAGUCGAGAAGAUCCAGCCACAGGACUUUACAGCAUAGUAGCAGAUCCGGGACAAAAUGGAAAUAGUCAGUAUCAUACAUAUUGGAACAACUCUAAACCAUACUGGAAUAGUGGGAAGUGGGAUGAAAAAUCAAAAACUUUUCUUUUGGUUCCUGAGAUGAGAUUAAAUUUUAUUUUCAAUUAUAGUUAUAUUUCAAAUGUAAAUGAGAGUUAUUUUACUUAUUCAGUUUACAACAACUCUAUUAUUUCAAGAUUUGUUAUAGAUUUUACUGGCCAAAUCAAUCAACUUAGAUGGUCAGAGAGAACGAAAAAAGAGUGGAAUUUGUUUUGGUCUAAACCCGAACAACCAUGUGACGUUUAUGGUAUUUGUGGACCUUUUGGAAAUUGUAACCAGGAUACAGGAAAUUGUGAAUGUUUGCCGGGUUUCGUCUCUCAGUCUUCUGCAGAUUGGAGUCUCAGAGAUUCAACUGGAGGCUGUGUUAGGGAAACACCUUUGAAAUGUGGGAACAAAGAUAUGUUUUUACCAAUCCCAACAUUAAAUUUACCAGAUAACCCUCAGUCUUCGGAUAGGAAUAGCUCAGAAGAAUGCAAAUCAGCUUGUGAGGAUACAUGUACUUGCAGUGGUUACACAUUUGACCGUCAAUGUCAAUUGUGGGAUGGAGAUAUAAAGAAUUUCAAGUUUUUCAACCAAUUUCCAUCAUCUCGCAAACAAGUUACGUUUUAUCUCAGAAAAGCAGCUACGGAUGUUCGCAGCCCCGACCCCCGCUCUACUACUGGAGGCAGAAAGAUGCAGGCAAUAGGUCGGAAGAUUAUCAUACCUGUUUGCGUUUUGGUGGCAGCUAUCAUGGGCGUCUUAGGAUACAUUUAUCUGUUUAAGAAAAAUAAGGCCAACAAGAGAGGAAGAUUGAAAGGUAUCCAAGAGGUGUUGACUAAUCUCUUCAAAUCCAACACUCCAAAUACAAGCAUGUUUGAUGAUCGAGAAACACAGGAAUUGCGAAUAUUCAACCUUGCCUGUUUAGUAAUCGCUACAAAUAACUUCUGCUUGAAAAAUAAAUUGGGAGAAGGAGGUUUUGGGCCAGUCUAUAAGGGAAAAUUGCAGAACGAGCAAGAAAUAGCAGUGAAAAGACUGUCUACAAACUCUAGACAGGGUAUUGAAGAGUUCAAGAACGAGGUUGAAUUGAUUUCCAAACUUCAACACCGUAACCUUGUGAAACUGUUGGGUUGUUGCGUUGAAGGAGAAGAAAACAUGUUAGUUUACGAGUAUAUGCCAAAGCGAAGCCUGGACGCAUUUUUAUUUGAUCCAAGGAAGAAAGUACAUCUAGAUUGGGACACACGCUUUAAUAUUAUUGGAGGAAUUGCGCGGGGCCUUCUUUACCUUCACCGCGAUUCUCGCUUAAGAGUUAUUCAUAGAGACCUGAAGGUCGGUAACAUUUUAUUGGAUGAUAACAUGACCCCGAAAAUUUCAGAUUUUGGAAUGGCACGGAUAUUUGGUGCCGACCAAAUUAUAGCUAACACUAACAGGGUUGUUGGUACAUUCGGUUACAUGUCUCCGGAGUAUAUAAUGGGAGGCAUAUUUUCGGAAAAGUCGGAUGUGUUUAGUUUCGGAGUGUUAAUACUAGAAAUUGUGAGUAGUAAGAGAAAUAACAGCUUUUACAAUCCUGAACAACCUCUAAACCUCCUACUUUAUACUUGGAGACUUUGGAAUGAAGGCAAAUGGACGGAAGUUGUGGAUGAGGCUUUGGGUUAUUUGUAUUCUCCAUUAGAAGUGAUAAAAUGCAUACAUAUUGGUCUCUUAUGUGUUCAAAAUAGAGCAAUAGAUAGGCCAACCAUGGCUGAAGUCGAUCUCAUGCUUAGUAGUGAAACUGAUCGUCCAGCUCCGGAAGAACCUCCGUAUAAUUUACCAGCAUCAUCAGAUAAGCUUGGUUUUCACUGCUCAAAUAACAAUGUCACUUUAACUGCUGUUGUGGGUCGAUAGGAUAUUUUAAAAAUUGACAGAUAUCCCUUAUACGGUGGAAUACGUUUUAAACUAUAAGGUACUGAAAAUAUUUGAAUCCAUACAUUGACAUCUGGAGUUGUUAGAUCCCACAUUGAGAGAGCAUUAUUCAACAGAUGAAGUUCUGAAGUGCAUCCAAACUGUAUUAUUGUGACUUUUGUCUAUUGCAGAACCUUUAAAACAAUCUGCACCUUCAUUGCUAAACCCUAUACCAAA